UGCUUAUUUUACCGAACGGAAAUGUUGCCAACAUAAAAAGUUAAAACUGGCAAGUUAGUCUCAUUUCCGCCUGCGUCUUCCUCUAUUCGAUUGCGGGUUCACCUGGUUCUAAACCAUGGGUCGGGUAAUUCGUGCUCAGCGUAAGGGAGCUGGAUCUGUUUUCAGAUCCCACACAAAAAGGAGAAAGGGAGCACCCAAACUUCGCUCUUUAGAUUAUUCGGAAAGGCAUGGUUACAUCAAAGGUGUUGUGAAGGAUAUUAUUCAUGACCCUGGUCGUGGAGCACCAUUAGCUCUUGUUCACUUCAGGGACCCAUACAAGUUCAAAACGCGCAAAGAAUUAUUUAUUGCCCCAGAAGGAAUGUACACUGGACAGUUCCUUUACUGUGGAAAGAAAGCAAAUCUCCAGAUUGGAAAUGUGAUGCCUGUGGGUCAAAUGCCUGAAGGUACCAUUGUUUGCAAUUUGGAGGAGAAGACUGGAGACAGAGGCCGAUUGGCAAGGGCUUCUGGAAACUAUGCCACAGUCAUCGCUCACAAUCCCGAUACCAAGAAGACCAGAGUCAAAUUGCCCUCUGGUGCGAAGAAAGUCAUUCCAUCCAACAACAGGGCAAUGGUUGGCAUUGUCGCUGGUGGAGGACGUAUCGACAAACCUAUUCUGAAAGCAGGUCGCGCAUACCAUAAAUACAAGGCAAAGAGGAACUGCUGGCCUAAGGUUCGUGGUGUUGCCAUGAACCCUGUGGAGCAUCCUCACGGUGGUGGUAACCAUCAACACAUCGGCAAAGCAUCCACUGUUAAACGUGGAACGAGCGCAGGACGUAAGAUCGGUUUGAUUGCUGCUCGUCGCACGGGAAGAAUUCGUGGUGGAAAGACCGACACGAAGAAAGAUGAUUAGAUUAACGUUGAUUAAGUUUUGGGACUUAUACAAUAAAAAACAUUUUAAAAAGCAAAA